CAACGCAUUUCAAUGGUAGUAAAUACAUACUAAUUGGCUAACAAUGCCUGUGAUUGCUUCUCAUAGCUAAAUCCUAAUCCUUUUGCCUUGGACUCAUCAGCACACCAAACAAAAAUCCCAUGAAGUUCUUGCUGAUUCUUGAGCCUACUGCAAGCGGAAAAAAAACCAUUUUCCGGUGACAACCCACCGCUUCCAUCACUGAUGAAGCUCACCAAGACCUUCCCUCCAUUGUAAUUAGAGCUCUGAGUCUGAAAAUAGGCCAUAAACUGAGAAACAUUGGUACUCUGAUCAUAAGCAUAAAAUUGGAAAUUGACAGUCAAUGAGAUUGCCAUAGCUCUUCCACAAGGCCAAGUAAUGACUCUGAACUUGAUCAUCAUCAAAUGGAGCUAUAGAAGCAAAAGAGAUGAGUCCAUUUUCUUUCAUUUUGGUUAUAAGCUGUCCAAUGCACUCUGCAAAGGUGUUUGGAUCGGUGUUGUUGAAGUGUUCAUAGUCGAUGUCAAUGCCAUCUAAGUUGUACUGUUUGAUGAUUUAACUGCUGCUUGCAGGCACCAGGAGCUUCUGAGGCAUGGCAGAAGCUAUAAAGAAAGCAAAUGGUGUUCUUUUUUCCGAUGAGAAGCUGUGUAAAUAGCUUGUUCAAUUGCUUAUGGCUCUUGACUACUUACAUGUGAAUCAUAUUCUUCAUCGAGAUGUUAAGUGUUCAAAUAUAUUCUUGGCAAAAGAUCAAGACAUACGUCUUGGUGAUUUUGGACUUGCUAAGAUGUUGCCAUCAGAUGAUCUUGCAUCCUCUGUUGUAGGAACUCCAAGUUAUAUGUGCCCUGAGCUUCUUGCUGACAUACCUUAUGGCUCUAAGUCAGACAUUUGGUCCUUGGUCAGGCCCUCAUCAAAAGCAUGCUGCGGAGAAAACCCAGAACUUCGGCCGAGUUUAUUUCCUGUUCUUUAUUCUUUUUUUUACACUUUCCGAAAAUGUUUUACGUAGGAGAAGCAUUAAUAUAAGCAUACCAAUGAUUUGCCAUUGCCUUAGAUAAU